UCUUUUGACGCCAAUAUGUGGCGUCUUCUAAAAGGACGCCGAUACUUGACGUCAAAAGACGCAAGCCAAUUUUUCAGUGCUCACCAGUACGACUUUGCCGCGCAGGUCCCUCUGAGGGCGUGGUCGGAGUGCGGCGGCCACGGCGACCAGGAUGACGGCGACGACGACGACCAGCAUCACGUCCAUCUCGACGCCGUGUGGAGGGGCUCAGUGGCGCCGCACCUGCGCGAGUGGCAGGUCCCGCUGAGGACGUGGUCGGAGAACGACGACAACGGCGACCAGAACGACGGCUACGGCGACGACCAGCACAACUUCCAUCUCGACGCCGUGAGGAGGGGCUCGGUGGCGCGGCACCUGCGGCAGUGGCAGAACUCCGGGUGGUUCGUCGGCAACAUUCGAAGGCCGUUCCUGGAAACGCUGAAGCACACGGACAAGGAGUGUCGCAGGACCUGGCUGUGUUGCGGCGGGAGCGAGUCCGACGCCCCUUCGGAGCAGUACUCCAAGAGCGGCACUGCGUCGGCCAAGGCGGGGGACUUGGAGGCGAACCUCAGACGGAGGAAGCGCGACAGCCCGAGAUGGAGAGGUCUUGUCGCCCUCCUCGCGGCAUGCGUGUUCAGCCUGUGCGGCUCCUGUAUCAUGUGGACCACGGACGCUUUCCACAACUUCGUGGCCAAUCAAAUGGUAUUAGACGAGAAUAAGGGCACUUUUGCGUGGUGGGUGACGCCACCGGUGAAUCCGAUGUUCCGAGUUUACAUCUGGAACUAUUCGAACUGGGAAGAGUUCCAGCAGGACCCCAGCCUCAAGCUUAAACUGGAUGAAAUUGGACCGUUUGCGUACAAGGAAAUUAUUUCUCGAGAGGAUAUCAAGUUCGACGACAAGGGUCUCACGAUUGCCUACAAAGAGGCCAGGAAGUACGAGUAUACGCCGGAGAAGUCCGGUGGUGACCUCAACGCCACCGUCGUGGUGCCGAACCUGCCGUUCUUCGGAGCGAAGGCGAAGUUGGACCUGCUGUGGGGACCAGUCUCCAUGGUGCUGAAGACCCUGCGCAUGGACAGCCCCCUUGUGACCCUCAAGGCCCAAGACUUCAUCUGGGGCUACGACGACGAGCUCUUCCGCAUGUCCAAGCUUCUACCCUCCGAUAACGUCGCCAUGGACAGGGUCGGACUUCUUAACGGGAAACUUCGACCGGAUGACAUAACGAUUCUGACGGGGGCCUCGGACAUCGACAAGCUGUCUUACAUCGUGCGCUACAACAAGAAGGCCAACCUUAACGCCUGGCCCGAGGCAUCGUGCAACUCCUUCGAGGGCUCAGACGGGUCCCUCUUCCCGCCCAGGACGAUCCGCGCUCGGCAGCCCGUGUACGCCUUCAAGCCCGAGGCCUGCCGGCUCGUCAAGUUCGUCCACGAUAAAAACGUCAUGGCGCAGGGCAUUCGCGCGGCACGCUACAUCGUGGACCGGAACGCGUUCAACUCACCACGCACGUUCAAAGACAACCUGUGCUUCUGCAACAAGACGGACUUGAACGAGUGCGCCGCGGACGGCCUCUUCGAUACCAGCCCCUGCACGGGUGCCCCCACCUUCAUCUCGUACCCGCACUUCUACCUGACGGACCCAGCGGUCGCUGCGCCCUUCGAGGGCAUGACGCCCAAUGCGGAGGAGCACGACAUGUCCGCCGACAUCCACCCGCGCCUCGGUAUGACCCUCCAGGGCAGGUCGCGGCUGCAGCUCAACGUGAUGGUCACCAAGGACCUGCCGCACCUGCGGAAGGGCAUGGUGCUCCCCGUCGCCUGGUUUGCUGAGGACCUGCCGCCGUACGAGACCGGCUUCAAGGUGAUGAUCCUCGUGGCCAGCUACCUGCUGGACGCCAUCGAGCUGGUGCUGCUGUACGUGUUGCCCUUCGUCGCGCUCGUCACGGCGGUCGUGAUCGUGCGCCGGCUCCUGCUGCUGCGGCGCGCCGGGACUGCGCUGUGCGCGGCCGACGACCGCGGCGCCUACGAGCGCCCCGUCUCGUACGAGGACGAGGCCGCCGACAAGACCUACUGCAGCUGAGCAGACUACGGCGGCGUCCUGGUGCAGAGGACCACGGCGACGACGACCCCCUGUUCUUUGAACCGCGAAGCACCCCCAAGACCUGACUGGAUGAACCCUUCCAGGACUCAUGCUGGACCCCUCUCGGAGUCUUACAAAGACGUCCCCCGGGGGUUCUGGCGUGCCCCCUCAAGGAUCUCUCCAGGACCUAUCCAGGGCUCCCCCAAGACCCCUACCCUACAGGACCCGGUGAGAUGGGGCGGGCCCACGUGGUCUCCAUGAUGUCGGAGUGCGUACGGGUACCGUUCAGUGAAGUCGCUCUCAGCGCGAGUUUUGUGAUAACCAAAGACUUCCUGCCGGUGAUAGAGCAGUUAUGCUCAAGUUAUUCGGACUUUUUUUUUUCUGUACUACCCACUACCCCACUACCCCCCUAUUAUGCCGUGCCACCGAUAUUUUUUUUCUUUCGACGAGUUGCAGCGCAAGGAUACCUCCCAUGAUGAUGGUACUAUACGGUGAUAACGUGUGCAAUACUCGAUGCGUUCGGAUGUGUUCUUCCGACUCGAACCAUAUUUAUACGUGGCAUUUCAUCUGGCAUGCUACUUCGUACACUUGUUCUUUCCCCUCUCAUCGUCUGAGCAUUGUGGCGGUGGCAGUGGCUUCUUUUCUCGUUGCUCUCGGUUCAGCCACUACCCUCAGAGAAAUGGAGAUAUCGAGACGAAAUUGGACUGAAAUCAGAAAGCUUACGAAUUUUGUGUUGAAUCGAUUACAAUCAAAAUCAAAAAAUGCUGACUUCUCUGAUGAAAUAAUGCGAUCGAAAUCAGAAAAUUGUCGACUUUUGUGUCGAAACGAUUAUAAUCAAGGCCUAAAUUCGACUUAUCUCUGAUAUUGCACAUCGUUUUGAUUUCUUAAGGGGUAUUAUUUUCUCGCGUUUUAGCACAAUGGCUAGGGCCACGGGUCACCGUCUGAUUGAAGUACCGAACAUUCGACACGUGCACUAAAAGUGGUAUGAAAAAUCAGCCGUUUUUCAGUGUGUUGAAGCGAGUAAUAAGCUUCUUUUUAAUAACUUCUGCGACAUACCGCACCGCAUCACCUUGUUUCCCCCUGUUCAAACAACAGCAAUCUGUGAUAUUGGUGUACUUAUUUCACAGCUAAACGUCACCAUGAAUGGAAGAAUGCAUAUUAUUAUGUAUAUUUAAAACAACAAAAGAAAAUAUUAAAAAAAAUAAUAGUAUUAGAUUUAGAUAGGUUAAGAUAGGUUAUGAUAUUAAGUGAUCAUCUGUGUCUGCAGUUCGAAAAAGAUCCAAAUGCAGCUGCAUAGUGCAUUUGCGUUGGGACCAUGUAAUACUUUUAUUGUAAUGUGAUGCGCGUACAUAUAGAUCUCAUACUGUAAAUAAAUCGAACCGUUUCUACUUGUAAUCGUCGUCUCAUUUUUCUGGAUCUUGUCAGUUGCACUUUUCACUUGUGCUGCAAUCUCAUGUGUGAGAUAUCCAAUAUCUUGAAAGUGUGCUUAGUAAAAGCACAUAUGUUAGUGCUGUCAAACGCUUGUCUGUGUGAAACAUCACUCUCGUACACAGUAGUUUUAGAGUGCAACUUUGGUCUCACUUUUUUUCAAACAAAUAGAAUGUGUCAUCUUUAUUUGCAUGGCACUCGCAGCACGGCGAUGAGCACCAGGCUAAGUGAUUCGUUCUGACGUCACGUAUGUUAGGAUCUGCAACAUUGCAGUAAUUUCACCCUUUUUUUCCUCUUGCUUAAUGAUGUCUCUCAUGAGUAGAACGAAGGCUACUUUGUCUGGGGGUGACCUUUUCUCUUCGGCGAAUAUUGUCGACCCGAUGCAAUGUUCUUUUUAUAUACAAUGUGAAAGAGUCGAAGUUUAGUAGCAUUCGAUAUCUUUGAGAACACUGUGAAAGCUAUCGCCUUGGUGUGCCACAAAUCUUUAUUUAUUUUGUAUUAUUAAAAAAAGUUGAAACUUUA